AUAAAAACUUUCAGUUCAACUCCCGCUCUCCGUGGCGGCGCUGUCAUGUUACCAUAGCAAUGGACCGAAGCAAAUGGGAGAAAACAAUCAUAAAUUUUCAGGCACGUGCGCGUGGAUACCUGGCGAGGAAGGAAGUCCGUAACGCACGAGAAGACUUUGAGGACAUCGUGAAGGAAAUUGAGGGGCACUUGACCCAUUUAAAGUGGACGGACUCGGUCAUCUCGAUCCCCCAAUUCACAGACGCUGGCAGCCCACGUCCACCACCCGGCAGCUCUGCAACUGAACCUCCAGGUUUAGAGGUAGAUGCUAGUGCCCGUUCCCAGAUCUCUGCACCCUCAUCAGGAAACAAAGAUCAUCACUGUGUCCUGCUAGAGAAGACAGAAGCAGAGAGAGAUGAUUCACACACCUGUUUACCCAGCAGCAGCUCUGUUAGAGGGGAGGGAGAGGGACAAAGGCAGAGCGCUGUGGCAGAGAGCACGGAGGGGUCCUCCUCCAUCUGGAGCAGUUUGGAGCCAGAUAUGAACCAUGGUCAAUCUCACAAAGGUUCUCGACAGUACUGCUUGACUCAGGAGGUGCCCCGUACCCCAGAGGCCCUGCGUCUCCAUAGAAACACCCUGACCAUGGAGCUCCUCUGGCUUCAGCAGGCCAUUGACAGCAGGAAAAAGUACCUGUCGCUGAAGGAUAGGCUCAGCGUAUCCUGACGGCAUCGUUAAAAUGAACUGCUCUUAAAAAUGUGGGAGUGAUACGUACAAGUACGCAGGAAGUGCCACGCUAGGUUGUUUUUUCUAAAAUUGUGAUUAUCAUGUCUGGCAGAAUGUAUGACAUCAAUAAAC